AGCGGGAGCUGCGCGCGCGCGGAUCGGAAGUCUCAUUCCGACAGGAAAAAAAGAAAUAAAACAAUAAACCAACAACAAAUAAACACUGUCAAAACUUUGCGAAUAUGGAUCAUUACACAAAAUAUUGAUCUGCGGACUGAUAAAGCAGCACUAGGACUGAUAAAUAAGCGCUUAUAAGGCGGAUUCAGGGGCGUUGGGGAAGAGUUAGCCGCUGCUGCUAACGCACGAGACUAUUCAGACUAACUCACUAAUUUAUGAUCUGACAGAUUUCAGCGAGAUCUCAACUAUAAACUGAACAAUCUGAGGGACUUUAAACACAGAAGUGAACGUGGUGUUAAUAGAAAGCGUGUUAGCGGAGCUGGUUUGUCUUCUUUUCGGCGGCCGGUGGUUUUGAGGCCUGCUGUAUGAGGAGUUAGUUUAACAGGUUAGAGAAACAGACCACUUGUUUAACUGUUAAACCAGAUCUAUUACACACGUGUAGAGAGGUAAACCGCUGAAGAUGUCGGCCCAGGCGCAGAUGAGAGCCAUGCUGGACCAGCUCAUGGGAACUAGCAGAGAUGGCGACACGAUGCGACAGAGGAUCAAGUUCACGGAUGAGCGGGUGUGUAAGAGUCAUCUGCUGGAGUCGUGUCCACAUGACAUACUGUCUGGAACUCGCAUGGAUCUGGGCGAGUGUGUGAAGAUUCAUGAUCUGGCUUUGAGAGCAGAUUAUGAGAUCGCAUCUAAACAGCAGGAGUAUUUCUUUGAGCUGGACGCCGCAGAGCACCUGCAGUCUUUCAUCGCAGACUGUGACCGAAGAACCGAACUGGCCAAGAAACGACUGGCUGAAACGCAGGAGGAGAUCAGCGCUGAGGUGGCUGCCAAGGCGGAGCGUGUGCACGAGCUGAACGAGGAGAUCGGAAAGCUGCUGGCACGUGCGGAGCAGCUGGGCGGCGAGGGGAACGUAGAGGAGGCUCAACAGGUGCUGGAGAAGGUGGAGAAGACGCGCACUCUAAAGAAAGAGGCAGAGGACAUAUACCGCAACUCUAUGCCCGCCUCCAGCUUCCAGCAGCAGAAACUGCGAGUGUGUGAGGUUUGCUCCGCUUACCUCGGCCUCCACGACAAUGACCGCCGCCUCGCUGACCACUUUGGAGGGAAACUACAUCUAGGUUUCAUUGAAAUCCGUGAAAAACUGGAUAAACUGCGGAAAGCUGUGACGGAGAAACAGGAGCGCAUGCGCACGAAGAGAAGAGAGGAGCGCGACAGAGAAGAGGAGCGAGCCAGAGAGUGGGAGCUGGAGAGAGAGCGAGAACGCGAACGUGAGCGCGAGAGGGAGCGGGAGAGAGAGCGGGAGCGCGAGAGAGACAGAGAGAGAGACCGCAGGAGGUCCAGAUCCAGGAGCGGUGAGCGAUAUCGGGAAGGAGGAAGCUCGUCCUCCCAUCGCUCUCGUCGGCACCGUGAGGAUGGAGAGCGGGAACGAGAGAGGGAGAGGAAACACAGACACAAAGACCGCCAUCGCUCUCGCUCCCACUCGCACAGGAGCAAAAGGAAGAGGUCUUCACACACCAGAGAUCAGGAACAGCCUCUGCCUCAGGAGAGAUGGCGAGAGAACGCCACAGACGAGAGAUGGCGGGACAACGGACGGAGGGACGUGGUGGAGAGAGAGCGAUCCCCCCGCUCCCCAGACAUGAGUCAAAUGAGAGAGCGGGAGAGAUCUGUGUCGCUGGAGAGAGACCAGCGCUCCAGCUCCGAAGAGAGAGAGUCCGGAGAGAUCUAGAAGAUGAGAAUCAGAUACUUUACAUGCUGUAGCUACCGAUCCCUGUCGAGUUUGCAGCCGGCAGUCGCAGCCAACACUGAUCUGUCAAUAACUGAAUGGCCGUCUCAUCCGGUUACUUAUACAUCAGUAGAAGCUCGGCGGCUACAGAGAGGAAGCCAGUCGCAGAUGUGUGUGAGAGAGAGAGAGAGUGUGUGUGAGACCAGCAUCAUUAUUUGAGAUACAAACAACGCCUCAGAGAGCAAGAGUUACACACCUUGAUCUAGUUGCUCCAAACUAGUCAGCAAACCAAAAGAACAUUUGAUGAAAGUGUAGAGGGGAAAGAGUGUGUUUAGAAUUAGCUUAUUUUUUUAUCUUGGAAGAUAAGGGCAGGUGGCUGAAGGAAAUGCCUGCAGAAAUAUAAAACUACCACUGAAGUUUUCUUUUUUCAUCAUUUUAAACUGGUUACUCUGUUCAUUUUUCUUUUUUUAAUAAUUAAAGGUCCUUAAAUGACUGAAAUGAUUGAUUUUGAUGUGGAUAUUAUUUUCUCUUAUUAUUUUUUUCCCUCUGAUUUCAUUUGACAUGGAUAUAAACUCAGAGCUGGACUGAGCCCCCUCACAUAAACCAAACCAUCUUUUCACACAUAACCGCACACGUUUUAUAGCUCGGCUUACAUUGUUUCUCAUGGUACCAGGAUGUUUUCUGAGUUUCUCUUUUCCCCUUUUUAUCACUCUUUGGUUUUGCGGUGUUGAGACGUUGUCUUGAAACUUCAUCUUGCCUUGUCAUUGUGCUAUGAAACAAUAAAUCUGUUGCUUUCAUUGUU